GAGUGGAGAAUGAACGUGACGUCACACCUUUCAUCAACCCUCUCGUACUGGCACUUCCUCAUUGAACGUUGAACUAGCAGGACCGAAACUUGUUAUCGUCGAUCAGUUGAACCAUGGCCCGUACCAAGCAGACUGCUCGUAAAUCUACUGGAGGCAAGGCCCCCAGGAAACAGUUGGCCACGAAGGCAGCCAGAAAAUCUGCCCCUUCCACCGGAGGAGUUAAGAAGCCCCACAGAUACAGGCCCGGUACAGUCGCCCUCAGAGAGAUCAGGAGGUACCAGAAGUCCACCGAGCUCCUCAUCCGUAAGCUGCCCUUCCAGCGUCUGGUUAGGGAGAUCGCCCAGGAUUUCAAGACUGACCUCAGGUUCCAGAGCGCCGCCAUCGGAGCUCUUCAGGAGGCUAGCGAGGCUUACCUAGUCGGUCUAUUUGAGGACACCAACUUGUGCGCCAUCCACGCCAAGAGGGUCACUAUCAUGCCCAAGGACAUCCAGCUUGCUAGGAGAAUCCGUGGAGAGCGUGCUUAAGAACUCUCGCCUGAUCUCGUGGACGAACGAUGCCUCACGUCGAUUCGACCCGUUCCGUACAAUUCGACUAGAUCCCGCUCUACUGUGUUUUUAUUCAAACUGCCAAUAAUGUAACUUUAGGGACAUUUGCACUCUUUAAAGAAUCACAGCUCUGAGGAUUUGGUUGACUCGUGACUUUUUUUGAAUCUUUGUAUUUAGGGCGCGUCGCGCCCCAACACCCGUAUGUUGUAACAUUAUAGUUUUUUUGUCAUUCUUAGCGUUUCUAUACAAUAAAACAUAACAGUAUUUGUAAGUGCAAUUUUUGACUUCCCUAUAGACAUUUCAAACUUUUAAGAAUAAAAAUCAAUAGCUUA